AAGCAACCGCGCGCCAACAGCAAGGUGCUCCCACGAAAUCGUGCGGAUGCUCGCUGAACCACGAGACGCACGACGCAGCAACCAGCUCGGCUCCGUUCCAGGGAUUUCGACCAGCACUGCGUCCGAACCUGGAGGCGAUCGGACUCCGUGGUCGACGAUGCCGAUGGACCUGAGGCGACGGCGACGCUCCAGAGGAAGCGUCUGCAAGAUUGAACCCUGGAGUGGCCGCCUGCGCAAGUACGCCGCGUUCCUGGUCAUCAGCUAUCCCAGCGGGUGCCUGUCGAUCAACCAGGUUUUCCCCAACCUUCACCACCUGCUGAACAUCUUCACCCAUUGUCGGGUGGAUCACGACAAGUCACGCGCGGGAAGCGAGGUCGACGGCUGCUUCCUCCUUGCUGAGCUGUUCGUCCGGAAAGAAUUGAAUCCCAACUCCAACAUCGAGCUACGCGAACUGAGACCAAGUCGGCUAGCCCUGGAUUCCUUGUGCGGACUCGUGCUUCGCGUCCCCUCCAAGAUUCAACGCAGGCGGUCGUUGGCGCUGGUCUAUUGGGUGCUCAUGAAACACCCCUCCAUUGACUUCUCGGAGCUGUGCACUUCGAGCAUCUCACAAAACCAGCUUUUCAUUAGGGACGGCAUUGACCUGAGCUGUAACCUAAUGCACGGCCAGAUGUGUUACUACAACCUGGUCGACUACCCAUCGAAGAAACUCAUGGACACACUGCGCUCUCCGGUGACCACGCUCUACAUGCUCGAGAUCGUGAGCGUGUACUUCUCGAGAGUUGGCGUGCACUUGCUGUGCGUGCUGUUCGUCAGGUGCGAGGCCCCGUGCACGCUCGUCUUCCUCGAGAACGGGAUCGACGUGCCGGAGGCUGACGCGCUGAUACUCUACUGCGACGCGCACCAUGGCACGAGCAAAGCCUACAUCGACGAGCUCUUCGCGACAGUCGACUCCUGCUACGUGCUGGACGACCUGGUGAGACACAAUGCAGCCAUCGACGAGCUCGUGCUAAGCCGCCGUGUGCGUUGCACGAACGGGAAGCCGCACGGAUUCGCAGCGUUCUUCGCCGCCGUCGCUGAUCGGUGCGCGCCGAUCAAGACGUUGGAGAUGUGCGACUUCGAAUUGAAGAAGGCGGAUCUCCGCGACUUCUCCAGCGUGCUGAACGGCAGCGUCAAAAUGCAGAGGCCUGAUGUAACCUCCACUGUCACCGCAGCAGGUCUCCACUUUUCACUCGGCCCUGUUAUUUUGCGGAAAGCCACACUCACCGAAAUUCACGUCAGCAGCUGUCUGGCUCCAGUCCGCAACUUGGGUGAAAUCACGAAAGAGAUCGGGGUUCACGAGACGCUGAAGAAGCUGUCACUCAGCCAGGUGUAUCUUAGGGGUGACGCCACCUUGCGGCUCCUGAACACCCUGAAGAUCAACUUGACGCAGGGUUUCCUGAGCCUCGGCACGGAAAAACAGCCGGGCUUAGCGAAUUUAUCGAAGCAAAUCGGCAACAGAGACCAGUUUAGCAGAUCAGAGUUCGAAGGAUGCUACACUUCCAAUGACAGCCUGGUCGCCUGUCACCAGGACCGUCCCAAGACCUGGCAUGCGAAGUUCGAUACGUCCGUUCCACUUUCCUGGCCUCAGUUCAAGGAACCCACCAGCCGACCAUGUGGCUACGCCUACCUCACGCGUCUUGCGGUCCGGAUGGUCACAGUCAUCGAAUGCAACCUGACCGUUCUGCUGUCCGUGUUCGCCAGCUGUGGCUACCAGCGGGAGGCACCGCUGGCCGUCGCCACGGAGACGUCAUCGUCUAUGACGCUGUUCAGAGACAUGGUCAAGAGCCGCAGCCUCUGCUCCCUCAUCUUCAAUGGCUGGACGUUGGAUUAACAACCAUCUUAUGUCCUCCUCGGAGUCGCCGCACUCUGAGGUCUUCCCGCUGAUAAAGCUGUCGGGCGGCCAAGCGACUCACCACAUGCUCUUGAGCUGGAUGGUCGACAAACAGCGGGACUGUGAACAGAAUGUAUUCGACGUACGCGGCACAUCGCAGAUUAACUAGUCCCUACUGUAGGACGCGAGGUGGUUCAUGGUGCCUCCCGGCUGCAACUUGAAGACGGUCGGCCCCGGCUUUCUAGGAGAUGCGCAACAGGCGGGCGCUGCUCGCUCGAGUGUCGGCGCUGGCGGACCUGACCAAAUCCGACGCGGGCGAGACGAUCGCUCCCUACUGACGAAACAUACACGUGAACUUCCUGGCCCUCGCUGGUGUCGUCAUCAGCAGUGCAGUGGUGUCGCGACCUAACUGGAAGGGUCCACCCUCGUCACCUCUGUAAUAUAGACUUCGACUGCUGGAUGAAGGUACGGUCGUACCUGAGCCUCGAAGAUAUGUUGUAGAGGACCGGAUUACAAAGUGUUGACUUUCGCUUGGCCUCUAUCAUGUGACAUGCGCGCCUCUCCUGACUACAUGACAUCGCGAACCGCACUGCAGUUCCCCAGGAGAUAGGCGUGCGCAGGACUAGCUGUACUAUGAACAGAACCGGGACGUCAAGUCCAAUUUUUAAUGAUAAUUAAAAAUUGACUUAAGAAAUGAAAUUAAGAAAUGAAAACAUUUCUCUAGCACUGUAUGCUAAAGAGGUUUGGUAUUGCAAAACGUCUGGCGCAAAUGGCGCCAGCAAAGGGAUGUAUACAUCCCUGCUAUACUGCAUUUUUCAGAGCUUUGUUUUUACCAUCGACGUACAUGAUCUAUUGCACAUUUAGUGAGGAUCAAGUGAGAAACAGCGUCAUGUUGUUCAGAUCAUUCCACAUUUUAUUAGACGUGCAAUCGCCAUUGUUCUAUUUUGUGACUAACGUAUCUCUGCUCAUGUCGCAUUUUGAGGCCUACAUUUGUACUUUAACUACACAUAAAGAAUUAU